AUGCCUACGACAGUAGUAUGCUGCCUGAACUUGUCAUAUGAUAUCCGUAGAUACCUUCCUUUACCAACCAACUCCAUUCCUCACGACCUCUCCGUUCCGAUGAACGCAAAUCCAAAACAACACCCAGAAGUUUUGCUCGGCGUUCCGGACGCUUUUUCGCGGUCGGUUUUAAUGGCAAGGUCGAGGACAAUCAAGAAACCAUCGCCCUCCGCCAUGGUCAACGUGGCUUUUCCGAUAAAUAUAUGUCGGUGCAUCAACAGAGGGGCCAUUCAUAAGGUCCUCGUGCCGCGGGGAGAGGUUUGGCCUGGCCUCAAACCGUGGAAGGUGUGCGAGGUGCCCAACAGGUGUGACGUGGCCACCGGAAACUGGGGUAAAGGCUUGGGAAGCAGGCAUGUUCACCAAGGUCGAUGUAGUACUUGCAUCCCCGUAGCAAUACUUCACCGGUCGCACUCUCAUGACCGUCAGGCUGGUGCCUAUCUAUCACGCAAGUUAUCCUCAGAUGUAGCUGGCCAGAACCUGAGACGAACGAACUUCCUCCGCUUGGGAAGAAUUGGCAUCAGGAUUCACUUCUCGCAAUUCCAAAAUCAAAACGUCGUGAACGUGAGGUUGGAUAAAGAGAGACGGGAUGAAGUGUCCAAGGAAACCUUAGAAAACCGGUUCAAUCUGUUCAAGAAGGUUAAGGAGGAUUUCAGGUUUUUGAACAGCGAUGCCUACAAUAUGGACGAAAAAGACUACAUCUUGGGUGUUUCCGAGAUAUCCAGAGUCCUUAUCCCGCCCAAAUCUAGCUUCCCCGUUUCGUGGUAUGGGGCGCAAAAUCACAUGGCGAUAACUGGGUACCCGUGA